AUGCUGGGAUCACAUGGGUUAUUACUAUAUUGUGUGCCUCACUGUAUCAGGAUAACAGUUCGUUCGUGUGGAGUCUUGGACAGUGGUGGUUAUUUGUUGCAUUCUGCACUUAUAAUCACUAUGGCAGAUCCCAGCUCUUUCGCAUCUCCGGACCAGUUCAUCACGAAGCAUAUUAACCUGAAGCUAAGAGUGGAUUUCUGUAGCUGCAGUAUCCGAUGUUGUAGCGCCCUGACCGUGCGAUCCUUAAAGGACUCCCUGACACAGCUGGUUUUGGAUGCCAAGGAUCUUACAAUAAAUAAAGUUGUUGUUAAUGGCCAAGAAGCAAAAUUUGCAUUUGGGACGAGUCAUAGCUUUAAGGGGACUCCAUUGGAAAUCACUCUCCCUUUCCCAUUAACCAGGGGCCAAGAAGUUAUUGUAGAAAUAUGUUCUGAGACAUCUCCAAAAUCAUCAGCACUUCAAUGGCUUAAACCCGAACAGACUGCUGGGAAGAUACAUCCUUAUCUUUUUAGUCAAUGCCAGGCAACACAUUGCAGAACUAUCUUUCCUUGCCAAGACACCCCAGCAGUGAAAUUUACAUACUACUCUGAGGUUUCGGUUCCUAAGGAAUUAGUGGCUCUAAUGAGUGCCAUUAAUGAUGGAGAUGUGCCUGAUCCUGAGGACGACAAAAGAAAGAUUUAUCGUUUUCAGCAAAAUGUCCCAAUACCCAGCUACUUGAUUGCUCUGGUUGUGGGAGCUUUGGAAGGAAGAAAGAUUGGUCCUAGGACAGUAGUGUGGAGUGAAAAGGAGCUGCUGGAAGCGUCUGCAUAUGAAUUUGCUGAGACAGAAACAAUGUUGAAACACGCUGAAGCCCUGGCUGGCCCUUAUGUCUGGGGUCAAUACGACCUGCUUGUGUUACCGCCUUCAUUCCCAUAUGGUGGCAUGGAGAAUCCUUGUAUAACCUUUGUAACACCGACAGUGCUGGCUGGUGACCGUUCUCUGGCAAGUGUUAUUGCACAUGAAAUCUCACAUAGUUGGACAGGAAAUUUGGUCACAAACAGAACAUGGGAACACUUUUGGUUAAAUGAAGGUCACACUGUCUACCUGGAACGAAGAAUUGAUGGGUUGCUCUAUGGAGAACAGUUUAGGCAGUUUAAGGCUGUUGGAGGCUGGAAAGAACUACAAAAUGCGGUUAACACCUUUGGAGCUACCAAUACAUUUACAAACCUUGUUCCUAAUCUGCAUGACGUGGAUGUUGAUGCAGCAUAUUCCUCUGUUCCUUAUGAGAAAGGUUUUGCUUUGCUCUUUUACCUUGAACAACUUCUUGGUGGGCCAGAGGUUUUCUUGGGAUUCCUAAAAUCUUAUAUCCAGAUGUUUUCUUAUAAGACUAUAACUACAGAAGACUGGAAAAGGUUCCUGUAUUCCUAUUUCAAUGACAAGGUUGAUAUUCUAGACAAAGUUGACUGGAAUGGAUGGAUGCAUACUCCAGGCAUGCCACCUGAAAAACCUCAGUAUGAUAUGACUCUAGCAAAUGCAUGUAAUGCUCUCAGCAAGAGGUGGACUGAGGCCAAGGAAAGUGAUUUAAUCUCGUUCAGCAGUGCAGAUUUGAAGAACUUGUCUUCUCAUCAGAUCAUUGAGUUAUUGACUCUCUUGCUUCUUGAGAAGCCGUUGCCUGUGUCUCAUGUAAAGCGCAUGCAAGAGGUCUACAACUUCAAUGAUGUAAAAAAUUCUGAAAUUCGAUUCAGAUGGCUGCGUCUCUGUAUUCAGGCUAAAUGGGAAGAAGCCAUUCCUUUGGCACUAAAGAUGGCAACAGAACAGGGAAGAAUGAAGUUCACACGUCCUUUAUAUAGGGAUCUCUACAACUUUGACAAGGCUCGCGAUCAGGCAGUCUCUACUUUCCUAAAAAAUCGACCUUUUAUGCAUCCUGUAACUGAAAUGCUGGUAGCAAUGGACCUUCAUGUUAAUGCUUAAGAAUGUACUGAUGUAUAUGGGAUUUUCAUCUUCUUGACUUAUAUUCCAGGCAAUCAGAAUUUUGUAUUUUAUCGAGCACUUCAAUAAUUUGUAAAGGACCUGCCUUUUUUAUAUGCUUGCAGUGCUUUUACUGUAAUAUUGAUCUAGAGCUAUAUAAUAAAUAAUAAAAAAAAAUUGAAUGCUUCA